UAGGACCUCUGAUUCAGAACCUGGUGAAUCUUUGAAAAGAGCCGAAUCAAGGGAACUGAUUCUCUUUUUUUUUAUUGAUUCGCUGCUGAUACUUCCCACCGUCACGUAGCCCCGCAUCUGACGGAUGUUGAAGGCUGGGGAAGCGGCGGUACGCGGACACACAGCACUGCGGCAGGAGGAGAACCGAGACCGGGGAACAGAGGAAAAAUGCCUUCAGGUGGAGAGAAAAAUGGAGAGACCUGUGACAGGUCUAUAUAUGUGAAUAAUCCCCAUUUGGAGUCUAUGAAAGAGGACAUUUUGUACCAUUUCAAUCUGGGUACAACCAGCCACGACCUGCAAGCCCAGUUUGGGGAUGUCAAAUUUGUGUGUGUUGGGGGAAGCCCGUGGAGGAUGAAGUCGUUUAUUGAGUACAUCGCCGGGGAACUGGGCCUGGCUGAUCCAAAGGCAGAGUACCCAAACAUCUGUGAGGGCACAGACCGCUACGCCAUGUACAAAGUUGGACCUGUGCUCUCUGUUAGCCAUGGCAUGGGCAUCCCCUCCAUCUCUAUAAUGUUGCACGAGCUCAUCAAGCUGCUGUAUCAUGCCCGCUGCACUGACGUCACUGUAGUACGCAUCGGGACCUCGGGUGGAAUAGGUUUGCAGCCGGGUACUGUAGUGGUCACUAAGCAGUCGGUGGACUCCGCGUUCCUCCCCCGCUUCGAGCACGUGGUUCUGGGUAAGCCCGUGGUGAGGAGCACCGAGCUGGAUGAGGAGCUAGCGGAGGAGCUGCUGCAGUGUGGGAAAGAGCUACCGGAGUUCCAGACCGUCAUUGGGAACACCAUGUGCACACUGGACUUCUACGAAGGCCAGGCUCGUCUGGAUGGAGCUUUCUGUUCAUACACUGAGGAGGACAAGCAGAACUACCUGGCUGAGGCGUACGCAGCUGGAGUCCGCAACAUCGAAAUGGAGUCUUCUGUUUUUGCCGCCAUGUGUAAACUCAGCAACCUGAGAGCCGCUGUGGUGUGCGUGACGCUCCUGGAUCGUCAGAAAGGAGAUCAGCUGACCAGCUCUCAUGAUGUCAUGCACAGCUACCAGCAGCGUCCGCAGCUCCUGGUGGGUCAUUACAUCAAAAAGAAGCUGAACGCCUCCAUGAAGAAAUAAUCCUGCGCUGUGAUCCAGUGUAAGCCAGGCCAAAGCCUCCGUUUUCAGUGAUUUUUUUUACGGAUGUUAUUUUAUAUCUUAAAUUUAUACUGUAAUUUCAGCUCUACCCUCACUGCUAGUGCGAACGCUGCAAAUGUAGUUUAUUAAUUGUUUUAGAAAAAGUCAUAGAGUAAAACCUGUAUUAUUAUUAUUGUUUUAAUAAUAAUAAUAAUUAUUAUUAUUAUUAUUAUUAUUAUUAUUAUUUAUGUUCAUACAGCCAUGAAGAUGUCCAAAGUUGUUGUUCAGGUAAAACUGUGCUAAUAUAUAAGAUGUCAUCAUACAUCAUUUACUCUAAUUUGGUCUGUAUACACAGUGGGGAAAAUAAAAUUUGAUAUGCUGCUGAUUUUGCAAGUUUUCCCACCAACAAAAAAUGGAGAGCUCUGAAAUUUUUAUCAUA